CCACACUCAACGUCUUUCGUCUGCCAACCUUGCACCUCAACUCGAGCAACGAACCGUUCGUGUUUAUUGCCGCAAGUUCCGCAAGGACUGAACGACUCACCUCGCCGGUUGUGCUCCUGAGGGACCCCUCCGAAAGGUGCAUGGCGCAGCCCAACCUCACAGCCACUCGAUGCAUUUUUGAUGCGUCCGUGCCCGCACCGCAAACUCAUACAUAUAUUUAGAAACAGUCUCGACGCCUGAUUGCGGCCAUGCCGGACGAAGUUUUCUCUCUCUUCACCUCUCUGCGAUAUGAUGUCAAGCUGAGGCAGGUUCCAUCCAGGGGCUGGGCCUAUGCCGGAUGGAAUAACAGCCACGAGUCGCCGUUGUAUAUGCUCGAUUACCACAGGGACCGUAUCGUACGGGCCGCGACCUAUUGGCAGUGGGAAGAUGCCAUAGAAAUGCUCUCAGGCGACGCAGGGCUGGCACGACUCGAAAAUAUCGCCUUGCAAGCCAUUGGGGAUGCAGAGACGCGACCCCUGAGAGUGAAGAUCGUGGUCGACAAGGACGGCACAAUUCAGGCUGCCAAAUAUGAGACCCCCGCGAUUUCCGUGGAAAAUCUGUUCCCCGAGCGGCUUCCGGCUCCUGGAUCAGUCGCAGGGCCUAAUGACCCCAAGAUCCCUCCCCGAUUGACUUUGGUUGUUGAUGGCUGUCUGUUGUCAAGAUCAGAGUUUACGCAUUUCAAGACCACGAGGCGCGUCAUGUACGAUGCAGCUCGUGAGCGGGCGAACAUCCGACCAGGAGAGAUGAAGGAGGUCUUGGUCAUCAAUCGGGACGAUCAGUCUGUCAUGGAAGGCACUACUACCACACCCUACUUUUGGCGAGACGGGCGCUGGGUAACGCCUCCCGUGGCGGCCAAGUUCAGUUGGGAGGACGGAAGUGGUGGCCAAGAUGGAACAUCCAGGCGUUGGGCUCUCGAAAGAGGUAUAGCUGUGGAACAGACUGUGCCGCUUCAGUCACUGGUCGAUGGCGAGGAGUGCUGGCUUAGCAACGGCGUUGGAGGGUUUCGACGGGCAAUUCUCCAUAUAUAAACCGUAGAUCUCUUGCACAGCUGACUCGCUUGGGGAGUUCUUCAUUUGCAAACAAACAAUUGGUGCUCACGAAGUUGUACGCACGGUGAGGCCGCCGUUCUACCGUUUACCACCGGAGGGUCGCGCGAGCUCAUGUCGCCACGUAGCGGUAACAGUACCUCUCAGCCGCGGAAAAAGGACCAAAUAAUAGGUUGGACUAUGGCCAAUCCGGUAGACACCUAUUCGUAUUCAUGUACCUUUGAC